AUGAGCAGUCCACAUGGCUAUCAUGCACCCGCCGCUCAGAACGAUCCCGUCGACGAUGAGAACGAAUCCGACUUGGAUCUCGACUUGAACGAACUCGACCCACAAUCCAAUUCCACGGCGGGCGGGAGGAAUGCUCCACGCAAGGCCAGUUCCGACUUUGGCGCCCGGAUCCCGUUGAGAAAUCUGCGAUGGGGAGGGCGGAGGAGACGGCGGGAGGAUGAAGAGGAAGAUUUGCGGGCGUUGGUGGGCGACGAGGAGGAUGAAGAGGCGAGGAAGCGGAUCAGUGCUGCCAGCUCGGGAAUGGAAGACCGACACGAUGAUGCCCCGCUGCUGCCUACACAUCGGACGAGAGAUGAUGCUUGGGACGGCCUGAGGGAUGGGCGGAAGCGGAGAAAAGGAUUCUUGCAAUAUCUCCCCUUUACCAAACGACACACUUCCAUCGCUCUGCCCUCACAGGAAGAGGAGGAGGAAGCCGAGGAUGCGCAUGAUGAGACGGCAACGCGCAUCAUCAGCGUCGGGCAGAAACAACCCCAACGAUUCCCGCCCAAUGCCAUCUCCAACGCCAAAUACACCCCCUGGUCCUYCCUCCCCCGCACCCUCUACAAUGAGUUCAAGCUGUUCCUCAACAUGUACUUUUUGCUGGUCGCUCUCUCCCAGAUCAUCCCCGCAUUGCGGAUCGGAUACCUCUCGACAUAUGUCGCUCCUCUGGCCUUUGUCCUGUGCAUUACUCUGAGCAAGGAAGCCCUGGACGAUGUCAACAGGCGAAAGCGAGACAACGAGGCCAAUAGCGAACCCUACAAGGUGCUACGAUGGGACGAAGGUGGGUUCAAGGGUGGAAGCAAGAAGAGGAAGAUCAAGAAGAUCAUUUCGGAAAAGAAAAAGGGUAAGCGGAGAAGAGUCUCCGUGGAUGACGACAGAGGAACGGUACCCCAGGACGACCAAGAGCAUGAUUUUGAACUCCCCUCGGCCAGCGUGGUCGAGAUUUCGAAACCCUCUCGCCUGCUCAAGGUCGGAGAUGUGAUUGUGCUCACCAAGGAUCAACGAGUGCCCGCAGAUGUGGUCAUUCUGAAGAGCUUCUCGCCCGACAUGCUCAGACAGAGUGUCGAUGAAUCGAGAAGUAAUUCGGAUGCCGAUCCCGAUGCUGCGUUGAUGGAAAUGGGCGGGAAUGCACACGAAAGGAACGAAUUGGAGACGGUCGAUGCACAGGAAAACCUACAGAAUGGAACCACCACCUCGGACCCCAGUGGAGGCGGCGAGGCCUUUAUACGGACUGAUYAGCUGGAUGGAGAGACGGAUUGGAAGCUACGAUUGGCCGUGCCUCUUGCACAAGACCUGCCAGCAAGUGAAUAUGUCAGGUUGAGGAUUACGGCAGGCAAGCCAGACAAAAAGGUCAACGACUUUGUGGGGACCAUCAGCCUGGGCCCGAAGACCAAUAAAUCUUAUGAUCCUCAUAAUACCACCCCAGAAACAUCCGAAAUGGGGUCUAGUCCCCUCACCAUUGACAACACCGCAUGGGCAAACACAGUCCUCGCCUCUUCCACCACAGUCCACGCGGUUGUGGUAUACACGGGAUCACAAACACGAGCAGCCUUGUCAACAUCUCAGUCCAGAUCAAAAACUGGCCUGCUGGAGUAUGAAAUCAACAAUCUCACCAAAAUCCUCUGCCUCCUGACAGCAGCGCUGAGUCUCAUUCUCGUCGCUCUGGAAGGAGUCAAGACCACUGCCGAUAAGCAUCCUUGGUAUGUGGCAGCGAUGCGAUUUGUGAUUCUGUUCAGCACCAUUGUCCCCAUCUCUCUGCGGGUGAAUUUGGACAUGGGAAAGAGCAUGUACGCCCAUCUCAUCCACCGCGACAAGGGCAUUCCAGGGACGAUUGUCAGGACCAGCACCAUUCCCGAAGAUCUCGGAAGGAUAGAGUACCUGCUGAGUGACAAGACCGGGACAUUGACGAGGAAUGAGAUGGAAUUGAAAAAGGUGCACGUUGGCACGGUCAGCUAUGGUGGCGAUGCAAUGGAGGAGGUCAGCAGUUAUGUGAAGCAGGCCUUUGCCGCCUCGGUCGAAGUCGGAUCCGUAACAACCCUGUUCACGCCAUCUGAUGGAAUCAACUCUCUCAGCGGUACCACACGGACGAGGAGGGAGAUUGGCCUGCGAGUGCGUGAUCUGGUGCUUGCUCUUGCCCUCUGCCACAACGUCACUCCUACAGUGGAAGAGGACCAAGACGGCCAACCAACCAUCUCCUACCAAGCCUCUUCCCCCGACGAGAUUGCAAUCGUGCAGUGGACGGCCAAUGUGGGGCUGAGAUUAGCCCAUCGAGACCGGAAGAGCAUAUCAUUACAAUUCACCACGGAUGAGCGUGUUGUCGUCAAGGUGGAGAUUCUCAACGUCUUCCCCUUUACAAGCGACAGCAAGCGCAUGGGGAUCAUAGUCCGCUUCAUCCGCAACCCUCGCGCCGGCAAAGACGACUCUGGAGAGAUUGUAUUUUUCCAAAAAGGAGCAGACACCGUCAUGACCUCGAUUGUAGCCGCGAAUGAUUGGCUUGAUGAAGAGACGGGGAACAUGGCCCGUGAAGGUCUCCGCACUUUGGUCGUAGGCCGCAAACCUCUCAGCGCACAACAAUACACCUCCUUCGCCACCGMCUACUCCCAAGCCGCCCUCUCCCUCUCCGGCCGCGACAACGCAAUGGCCGCAGUAGUCAAGACCCACCUCGAAAGCUCCCUCGAGCUCCUCGGCGUGACCGGAGUCGAAGACAAACUCCAACCUCACGUCAAGCCCUCACUCGAACUCCUCCGAAACGCAGGAAUCAAAAUCUGGAUGCUCACGGGGGAUAAGGUCGAAACGGCGCGCUGCGUUGCCAUCUCUUCCAAACUCGUCAGUCGAGGCCAACACAUCCACACCAUUUCCAAUUUGAAAACCCGCGCGGCAGCUCUCGACGCGCUAUCCCCCCUCCACUCCCAACCCAACGCCGCCCUCUUGAUCGACGGGCAAUCUCUAGCCCUCUACCUCUCCUCGCCCACGCAUAGAGAAUCCUUCAUAACCAUCGCCACCCGUCUCCCGGCAGUGAUAGCCUGUCGAUGCUCCCCAACCCAAAAAGCCGACGUGGCGGUCUUGAUCCGCGCCUUCACGGGCAAGCGAAUAGCAUGUAUCGGAGACGGCGGCAACGACGUAUCCAUGAUCCAAGCCGCCGACGUGGGAGUCGGAAUCGUAGGCAAAGAAGGUCGACAAGCCUCCCUCGCCGCAGAUUUCAGCAUCACGACUUUCUCCCACCUGACCAAACUACUCGUCUGGCACGGCCGCAACUCCUACAAACGCUCCGCCAAACUCGCCCAAUUCGUCAUCCAUCGCGGAUUGAUCGUGAGCGUCUGCCAGACCGUCUUUAGCAUCGCGUCGGACUUUGAGCCCGUGGCGCUUUAUCGCGAUUGGUUACUGGUGGGUUACGCCACGAUUUACACCAUGAUGCCCGUCUUCUCCCUCGUCUUGGACCGCGAUGUGGAUGAAGGAUUAGCGAAUCUCUACCCGGAACUCUACAAGGAAUUGAUCGCGGGCAAGAGUCUAAGUUAUAGGACUUUUUUCAUCUGGGUCGCCAUUUCGAUUUAUCAGGGAAUUGUUAUUCAGGGGGGAGCGGAAUUGCUUGUUCCUGGAUAUCGUGAUGUCUCUUCUGCGGGAAGUACGACUACAGGACAAGGAGAACCUGUGGAUUAUACACCCCUCACAUCCAUUGGAUUCCAACGUAUGGUGGCCGUGAGUUAUACGGCGCUCAUCACGAAUGAAAUCUGCAUGGUGGCUACGGAAGUCACGACGUGGCAUCCCGCCAUGAUCGCCUCGAUUCUCGGCACCGUGGUGAUUUAUUUCGCCUCCAUUCCUGCUUUGGGGGAGUAUUUUGAUUUGGCCUAUGUGGUGAGUUUGGGAUUUUGGUGGCGGUUCGCGGGCAUUGUCGCGGCCAGUUUGGGGCCCGUGUAUGUGGGCAAGGUGAUUCGGAGGACGGUGAGGCCACCUAGUUAUCGAAAGGUUAGAGGUGUGUAG